CUGCAAGGCAAGCUCCCAUUUUACCCCUCAUCUUAGGCACCCACCCCACCAACACGCCACGAUGGCUACUGAGCCCGACAUCGACGAAAAGCUCCCGGAUGAACCGACUUAUGCGCAAGCUUGGGAGUACCUGCAAAGACAUGGAGCCAUCGUUGUAGAGUCUCCAGAACUUGGGGCUCUAAUGAAGGAAGUUGAUGGCGGGAAAUACGCGCACGAGCCGCGUGCUUACAAGACUUUCCUUCCGUGUUUGCGAGAGAUAAAGAAAAUAUCUCCCAUCUUCUCGGUGCUUCCAGAAAACCCGCAAAAUUCGAAAACCUACGGGCGUGUAGCUGAACAUUAUUAUUCUGUUGCUCCACAGCCGACUUCAGCCCUCGCGUUCGCUAUCGUGAGCAAAGAAUCGGAAUGGGUCAUCAGAUUUGCAUCACACAAGAAGAAAGCGCUGUGCCACCCUGAUCCGACAGGAUUAUUCGUAUUCCAUUCUCUUAAUACUUUUGGAACCGAGGGCACAGUGAGCUUGGCCGAAGGGGGAGUGAAGAGCGUUGUUGGUAUGGAUUGUCUGGACACCUGGGCUGCGUUUCCUCUUGCUCGGCACAACCGCGCCUUGGGUAUUGUGGAUCCGCGCACGCUCCUCGAUUGCAAGCAUGCGAAGCUUGCAUGCCUCGAGUUCUUUCAUGAAUUCGGCCUUUGCAUCCUCAUCCUUGACGCAUUGCACCAUGCGAUAGGCAGCAACAUCUAG